AUGGGAGCGGCGCUGGCCAGGGCGGCCCAGUGGACCUCGGCCGGCGCYGGCCGCGGCACCCUCGAGAUCACCCCCUUGAAUGAGUCCCUCUUGAACGAAAUCAUUAGAUUUGUGGAGGGCUUCAGCAGCCGGCACCCACAGGAGGCGGCGUUCGUCUUCCGAGAGCCCCUGGAGUGGAGGACGCAGCUGGGCUGCGCAGCCUUCGGCGCCGGCUACCAGGGCGAUGGAACAACUGUUCAGUCUGAUGCCAAAAGCAAAGAUGGRCAACCAUUGCUCCUCCUCACAGGAUCAACUAUCAAAGUUCGCAGUUUUGACCAGCUGUCCUAUUUGCUACAUAUUGCAAUGGACAAAAAGUUAAAGGAAGCACAAGCAUGCCUUGAAGCUAAUAGAGAUCCUAUAGUGAAUAUCCUUGGCCCUGGAUAUGGGACCAUUGAAGGAGAAGAUAUGUCCAUGUUGCAUUUGCUUGACAAAGUGAAAAAAGAUGAUGACCCUGAAACAGAGAUUAAAAUGAAAAUCUUUAUACUUCUAAGUCAGCUGGAUAUGCAACUACUUAACAGUUCUUUAAAACACAUUUCACAAGAGGUAAGACUAAAUCCAAGUGCUGUAAAUAAUGAGGUGAAUCUUCUCAAGCAUUUCUCUGGAAAAGGAGAAGAUACAGUACUGGAAUCACUGGAAUAUACAUCAGAUUACACGUUCUCUAAUGGAUGCCGAGCUCCUCCCUGGAGACAAAUGCACGGAGAAAUUUGUUAUUUAAUCAUCAAACCGCAUGACACUGAUCCUUUGUGUGUCACCUGCAGCACAGCAGGAGUGUAUUUAAAUGGAGGUAAGCUGAAGGAGAAAGAUGAUAUUGACUAUGAAAGAAAAAGUGACAUAUAUAAAGAUAUUGUCACAUUCUUAAGGGAAAAGUCACCUAAAUUUGUAGAAAAUAUGUCCAAACAGGAAUAUAACUUUUUUAAAGAAACUGCGUCUGAGAAGUAUUAUCAGCAUAUGGAAGCAGUUGAUGCUGAGGACUCUGGCCAAUCCCAGAAACCUUAUGAUUAUACAGAAAAAACUAUAUAUGAGAAGACAAAAAGUUCUUCCGCAAAAAGCAAGUCCGCUGACAGCAAAAAACUAGAACCAUCUCUGAAGUGGAAGAAUAUUGUGCGAUGUGCUACCUACAGUGACAAAGUUACAAAAAAAGACACUGAACACGGAAGGAGGAGAAGCUCUGCAUCUAAAAAAAUCAAAAAGAAAACCACCAGCAUUUCUCCUGAAGCUGCUUCAAAAUGUAAAACCUCUGAAAAGGAUGAAGAAGUCAGUGAAAGUUCCUCAGAGACUGAGGAAGACGAAGAGCAGCCUGAACGUCACCAGGAAGGAAACAUUGAUUUACCAUCAGAAUAUUGGCAAAUUCAGAAACUUGUGAAGUAUUUAAAGGGAGGUAAUCCAACAGCUACUGUAAUUGCAUUAUGUUCAAUGAAAGAUUUCAAUCUGGCUCAAGAAACGUGCCAGCUGGCCAUUAGAGAUGUCGGAGGUCUUGAAGUGUUAAUUAAUUUACUUGAUACAGAAGAAAUUAAAUGUCAAAUUGGUUCUUUAAAAAUACUGAAAGAAAUCAGUCAGAAUUCACUGAUCAGACAUGCAAUUGCAGAUCUUGAGGGAUUACAGAUCAUGGUGAAAAUACUAGAGUCUCCAGAUAAAGACCUAAAAUGUUUGGCAGCUGAAACAAUUGCUAAUGUUGCUAGGUUUAAACGAGCACGACGAACAAUAAGGCAAUAUGGAGGCAUCAAGAGGCUGGUUGGGCUGUUGGAGCCCAUUCCAGUGGGCUCAUCUGCUCUAACACCAGCCCAGGCGAAAGAUUUUGCAAUCGCGCGCAGCGGCGCUCUGGCUCUCUGGAGUUGCAGCAAAAGCACCAAAAACAAAGAGGCAAUUCUUAAGGCUGGUGGCAUUCCAUUAUUGGCCAAGUGGCUCAAGUGCUCACAUGUCAACAUCUUAACCCCAGUGGUGGGGACGCUACAAGAAUGUGCCUCAGAGCAAAGUUACAGACGUGCAAUAAGGAUGGAAGGAAUGAUUGAAGAUCUUGUGAAAAAUCUAAGUAGUGAACAUGAAGAGCUACAGAUGCUUUGUGCAAGUGCCAUAUUUAAGUGUGCAGAAGAUAAAGAAACUCGUGACCUGGUUAGACAGCAUGGAGGCCUGCAACCACUCUCUGUUUUGCUCGGUAACACUGAAAAUAAGCAACUUCUGGCAGCUGUGACAGGAGCAAUCUGGAAAUGUGCAAUCAGUGGAGAAAAUGUGUCAAAACUUCAGGAAUAUAAAACCUUAGAAGCUUUAGUAGGACUGCUCACUGAUCAGCCUGAUGAAGUCCUUGUAAAUGUUGUUGGAGCAUUGGGAGAAUGUUGCCAAGAGCAAAUAAAUCGAACUAUUAUCCGCAAAUGCGGUGGAAUCCCACCUCUGGUGAAGCUGCUCACUGGAACCGAUCAGGCACUCCUUGUGAAUGUCACCAAAGCAGUGGGAGCUUGUGCAACAGAACCUGAAAAUAUGAUGAUAAUUGACCGUCUAGAUGGAGUUCGUUUGUUAUGGUCAUUGCUGAAAAAUCCUAAUCCGGAUGUCCAAGCAAGUGCAGCUUGGGCUAUUUGUCCUUGCAUUGAAAAUGCUAAGGAUUCUGGAGAAAUGGUUCGGUCCUUUGUUGGUGGCUUGGAACUGAUAGUCAACUUGCUUAAAUCAAAGAAUAAAGAAGUUCUAGCAAGUGUAUGUGCAGCCAUUACAAAUAUAGCAAAAGAUGAAGAAAAUUUAGCUGUUAUAACAGACCAUGGAGUUGUCCCUCUGUUGUCAAAACUAGCAAACACAAACAAUGACAAGUUAAGACGUCACUUAGCAGAGGCCAUUUCCCACUGUUGCAUGUGGGGAAGCAAUCGAAUUACCUUCGGAGAGACAAAAGCUGUAGCUCCUUUGGUACGUUACUUGAAAUCAAAUGAUCCAUCAGUCCAUAGAGCUACAGCUCAGGCUUUAUAUCAGCUUUCAGAGGAUCCCAACAACUGUAUCACCAUGCAUGAAAACGGAGUGGUGAAGCUCCUCCUGGCUAUGGUAGGCUCCACGGAUGAAACUCUCCAGGAGGCGGCAGCUGGCUGCAUAGCCAACAUUCGCCGGCUGGCUCUGGCAACAGAAAAAGCAAAAUACGGCUGAUGCUUCCACAGCUCUUAUCCACCGACUUCUUUUACAAUGCAGCUACACUAAAAUGCAUGACUGCUUGAUCUAGUAUCUGUCUUUCACAGUAGAGUUCAUAAAAUGUUUAUAGGAGAGUAAUUUACUAAUAAAAAUAAGUCUGUGAAAACAAAAGGAGGUUUUGUUUGUUUUUACCCUGAUGGUGUCUAUAAGAUAGGUCAAAGUAGU